GGAGAUUCCUAUCUAUUUACUCCUUUCAUCCACUCUCCUAUCUGCCUCCGCCCUAAUUUAGGAAGAGACUAAGUCUUCUCGGGGCUUACUAUCCACGGAUAGCUUCUUUAUUCCGAUCCAACGUGCAUGUGUCCCAUCCCGCAACCCUUCCACCACCCGACCUCGCUGGUCCUGCGCCAGCCGCAGGAUUGAUCAAACCAAUCCACACCACCUACCUGUCCGUGAGACACCCACACAAAGUUGAUGCCGGUUCGUCGACGGCGUGCUGCGGGGGGCGCCCGAUCCGAACUGCCGCCGCUGAAGAUCGUGCGCAAGAUCCUCCUGCUACAGCUGGCUUACUAUGCCUCCGCGACGGUUUUGAUCUUGUUUACCACGCUUGUUUACGGAACACCCUUUUCGCUUGAUCUGGUCUUGAAUUGGGAUGCUAUUCGUGGGGAUACGACUAUUGGGUGGAUGUUGGGGUUCGUGUGGGUGUUGAAUAGUGGGCUGGGGGUGAUCUUCCUUCUCCUGCUUGUCGUCCGAUCCAAGCUGAUCCCCGACUUCGCCUUGACCAUCCACUUUCUACACAUCAUCGCUACCACCCUAUACACGCAUUCGAUCCCUCGGAACUGGCUCUGGUGGGGUCUCCAAGGCGCCAGCGCCGCCCUCAUGACCUUCCUCGGAGUCUGGGCCUGCCAGUGGCGCGAACUCCAGCCCAUCAGCUUCGGCGGGAUCGGAGGAUCCAGCAGCGGCAGCGGCUCAGGGCCGUCAUCCCAACCAGCCGGAGACGACAACGGCGAGUCAUCACGCGGUCGCGGUCGCGCCCGUGAUCUAGGCGGCAACGAGUACGAGAUGGGCGAGAUCAAGGUGACCGGUGAUCAGGCGGUAUAAUCCCACUUAUUUUCUUAUAUAUCUUCUAUUUUCGAUCCUGUCGUGUGUGCCCAUCUCUUCGGGAAGGAGGGGGAGCAUUGAUCUAUGACCUUUGAUGUAUACCCUACUGGCUUUCUGGGACCUGUAUAGAUGGCGUUCCUUUUUCGGGGGUUGCUUCGUGUGCGGUACGAUUUGAUUUCGUUCUAUCUAUUUUGCUUUGUUUGGUGUGGACGAGAUUAUCUUCUUAUAAAUAAUAACUACAUAUAUGGUACAUAAUAGAGUCGUG